GCAGAGGGUGCGUCGAUUAUCCGGUUACGUUUUGUUUACGUUUUCGCGGCAACUGCGGCUUGCGCCAGGAUGAGUGGUUUUCGUUUCUUGUUCGACUGAAAGUUCCGCGAGCCCAGCAAAAUGUUGUGUUUACUGAUACUGUUGUUAGUCGGUGGUUGUUCCUCCUAUCAGCACGAGACGAUUGAAACCGAAGACGAGAUUCCCCCGCACGGGAAAUGCCAGCCGAUAAGCAUACCUUUUUGUACAGGUAUAGCCUACAAUGAGACGAUCAUGCCGAAUAUGCUCGGUCAUCAGACGCUCGAGGAGGCCGGCAUGGAGAUCCACCAGUACUUUCCGUUGGUUAAAAUAAACUGCAGCCCCGAGUUGCAGUUUUUCUUGUGUUCGGUGUUCGUGCCGGUCUGUACUAUUCUGGAUCACGCGUUGCCGCCUUGCAAACCGCUGUGUAUUUCUGCCAGGAACGGUUGCGAGGGCAUUAUGCAGAGGUUCGGAUUCCAGUGGCCCGAUUACAUCAAUUGCGAUAACUUCCCUGAACCCGAUCAACUUUGCGUUGGUCAAAAUAAGUUGACUGUAACUCCGACGCCCAACAACGAUGAUGUCUCUAAGUAUCCGGUAACAAAGAAAUGGUCGCCGUACCAAGGGAAAAAUUACGGAUUCGCUUGCCCGGAGCAAUUCAAAGUGCCUGAAGUGUUGGAAUACACUUUCAAGGUGGCCGAUAAAGUGGAGAAGAAUUGUGGCGCGCCGUGCCACUUGAUGUUCUUCGAGAAGAAACGAAACUUCUCCAGAAUCUGGAUAGGCACAUGGGCGGUAUUGUGCGCAGUAAGCUGCUUGUUUACUGUAUGCACUUUCCUAAUUGACACCGACCGGUUUCGCUACCCCGAAAGACCGAUCAUCUUUCUAUCGGUUUGCUACAUGAUGGUCGCCAUAGCGUACGUUAUAGGCUUCCUCGCGGGUGAUACGAUAGCCUGUCGAGAGCCUUUUCCCAGCAAACGCGGAAUCGUAACCGAAAGCCUAAUCACGCAAGGGACGAAGUACGAAUUGUGUACCAUCCUUUUUAUGGUGCUCUAUUUCUUCAGCAUGGCUUCCAGCAUAUGGUGGGUGGUAUUGACCCUUACGUGGUUUUUGGCCGCCGGACUUAAAUGGGGCCAUGAAGCUAUCGAAGCCAAUUCACAGUAUUUCCAUCUGGCUGCGUGGGCAAUACCUGCUAUCAAGACGAUUAGCAUACUAGCGACAGGAAAAGUUGAUGGAGACAUCCUAAGCGGCGUCUGUUACGUCGGCAUCUGGAACGCCGACGCCAUGAGGAUGUUCGUUCUGAUCCCCCUCGUCGUUUAUCUGGUUAUCGGCACGAUCUUCCUGUCUUCCGGUUUCGUAUCGCUCUUUCGGAUCCGCACUGUUAUGAAACACGAUGGCACGAAGACCGACAAACUGGAGAAACUCAUGAUCAGGAUAGGAGUUUUCUCGGUGCUGUACACAUUGCCAGCUCUAAUCGUCAUAUCAUGCCUCAUCUACGAGCACACGUACUUCGACGAUUGGAUGUUAACGUGGAAUCAAGAUAUGUGCGAGGUAAAGAAGUACGCCAUACCGUGCCCGAAGAACCUGAAGGAGCGGGCCCAGCCGAGUUUUGAGGUGUUUAUGAUAAAAUACCUGAUGACGAUGAUCGUGGGGAUCACUUCCAGCGUGUGGAUUUGGUCGGGGAAGACGGUGCACAGUUGGAAGGUUUUCCUGAAUAAGAUGCGGGGGCGGCAAGUGGAGGCGUAUGUGUGAAAGUAAAGCGUUACCGGAAUGAUUGUGGACUUGUGUGUAAAUUUGAGGAUAGGAUUCAUGCGUGAAGUAUAGAAAGUGGACGACCUCCGCGUUAAGUUUUAUUAUCGCAUUUUGCUUUGCUCUAAUGAAGAUGCAAAGUAUCUGGAAAAAUGCAACUCAGAAACAUCCUUUCAAUAAUAUUCAUUCGCAAAUAUUACUAAAUCGAUUAUUGUUUUUUAUAAAAUAUUUCUUUUAUGCGGAGGUUAACUGCGUUCAAUUUUUUUACAAUCUUUUUCCGUCCAAAGAAUAAUUUUACAGGAUUAAUUCAUUUGACGUUUACGAAUAACGUGUCGUUUAAUUAAGCUUCAUUACUUGUUUUUAUUAUGUUUACUUAAUGAAUCUAUCGUCAAAAGCAUAAACUUGCUGUAAAAUUUGUACAUUAAAAAAUUAGUAACUAAGAAGGUGACUGCAGUGGAACUGUAAGUAAAGAUUGUUGCGUGAGACAUUUUACUUAAAAAUCUUAAAUCGGGGAUUUACUGACAGCACGGAACAAACCUAAUGUUUUAUAUUUUGUGAGAUGCACUGUUUUUUAUGCUUCUCACGAUGAAAUAUUCAGAUUAUCAUUUUUUAAAUGAACAACAAACUAAAUGUUACCAAAAAAUAGAUUUGAGUGCCAUGUAUGAUAGAAAUGGUAAAACACUGUUUUGUUCUGUGCUAAGGAAUUAUUUUCCUACGAUCAUACGUAAGUGCUGCCGUCUUUAAUCAAAAUAUACAGCGUAAUUAAUGAAUAAUAAUUUAUGUUUUUUUUAUAAAAUGGAAGUAUUAUUGCAGUUGGAAAAUAUUUUAUGUUAUCGAAAUUUGAUUAGGUAAAUUUAUACAGCUUUGUAGUUCAAAAGUUGUAUUGUUUUAUAAAAUUUUACUCAUCUGUGUUUAUUCUAAUCUGCCAGUAUUGGAAAAUAAAUAAUAAGUAGUAUUAAAUUAACAUGUAUAUAAAAUAUUUUCCUAACUCAUAUGUGUUUAGCAGAUUAAACUUUAAAGUGUUUUCUACCUCUGUAUAUUCUAAAUAAUACGAUGCUUGCGAUAUAUUGUGAACUUCUGGCAAAUACAUAUAUUUUUAAAUACAAUAAACGACAAAGGGUGAAGACUGAUAGGACAAAUAAUGCUCAUAAAUCAGUAGUCAAUUAAUUAAUAUUUAAUACAAAAUAGUAAUGGUAGAAAUAUUUUUUGAAUACCAUAAAAGCUCCUUUCAUAAUGAAAACGUGUUGUGAAUUUACUCAAUAAAUACUAUCUAUUUAAACAAUUACACCGGCGCACACCCUUAUCAAACAAAUAAAAAUUAAGAGUAAAAAUAUAUGUGCCUUUUAUUAAUUUAAAAAGCUUCAAAUGCAAUAAAGCUUUCUUGUAUCAUUUUGUCAAUUACGUUCGCUUCCAAAGAAUUGCACAAAAAACGAAAAUUAUUUUUUUAAUACCAAAUAUUGGUACAAACUGGCAAUGUAUAUUAUGUACAGUGUAAAUAAUACUCAUUAAUUUUAAGUUAUCUGACUGAUUUUACUUAAGUAUUGAUUGGUGUAAAAUUUUAAAUAGUUGUAAUUUCUGGACAAAUG